GGAGUUAGCGAUCUGGAACUGGACGGAGGAGUGAUGGUAGAAGUCGUCGUCGAUUUCCCUUCAGGCAAAGACUCUCAGCAAAAUGUAGUCAAGGAAAACCGGAAGAAUAUUGACAGGUCAGGAGGAGUGACCAGUAGUGACUGUCGGAUCACCUUUUACGCACUAGCUUUCGUAUUUGUCUUCCACAAUCUCGUUGGAUCUAUCUUAGUUAUAUGGUUCGACCUCUGCACCGACGCUGGCACCUUGCACAAGUUACUGUAUGUCUUCUUGUCUGCUGCAACCAUUCCAUACAUUGGUUUGCUAUUCGUUUGCUUGCGCAAGGAUGUUCCAGUCCCGAGUUAUCGGCUAGGAGCUGAGCGGCGGUCUGGGAUCUACCUAGCUAUAAUGGUUGUCAUUUAUUGCAUAUCCUACGGCGUCCAGGACGUUGAGGUGAUAAUUGAAAUGUCAUCACUGGUGACUAUGACUACAAUAGGAGUCAUUGCAAUCGUUCAGCUUCAUUCUCCUGCCGAAGAUUUUGAUCCCUGCCAAAACGUAUUCAUACUAUUUCUAGUAGUGUUUUCUAGUCUUCUUGGUUGGCUAGCACAGGAGUCAUGGAUGAACCUUCUCCUUAGCCUCUCUAUGUUCAUCUUUGCCACAUCUCUCGUCAAAUCCUACUGCUUGGUUGCAGACCGCCGUGGCCUCUUGUUCUUCGUAUAG